UCAUUCAAUUGUUUUGACAUAAAUGUUAAAAAAUUAACAACAACAAAUGAAAAGAAAAAAUGUUAAAGUCAGCUGUACAAAUUUUAGCAAACCGAGCACCGGCAGUUUUUCUACCAAAAUCCCCUUUUAUACGAAACUUAUGCAAUAUGGUUGAUGCCAAAUUGGAAGCUGUACCAAGUGUUGAUAUUGAAGAGGGUAUUUUUAAAUAUGUACUCAUUAAAGUGUAUGGCAAGGAAAAAACCGAUGGUACCGAGCCCAGCAAAUUGAUUGUAAGAGGUUACGGCGAUUGUGAAUGGCAUUCUGAUAUUUAUGAACGUGCUAGCACAUCCUGUCAAGGCUUAGGACUUGAUACUGAAUGUUUAGGUGGAGGUAGAAUUGAUCAUAAUCCUGAAGCGAAGCGUAUUAAAGUUUAUGGAUAUUCUCAGGGUUACGGAAAAGCCGAUCAUUCGGAGUCUAAAAAGAUUUUACUAACUAAAUAUAAAGAUUAUGAAAUUGAAAUUUCUGAUGAUGGCUAUUAAGAGAAAUACAUUAUUUUCUUACAAAACAGAUAUUAACUAUGGAUAUUAAUACGAAUAAUUUAAAAUAAAUGUUUUUUUUCAACUUUUA